UUUAAAUCGUAAUUUAUUUCACAAAAAAAAAAAAAAAAAACAAAAAAAACGAACAGCAAUCCGAUCGCAUUUCUCAUCGGAGCUCUCUCCGGCGCCGUUCCGAGACUCCAACCGUGGCUUCCUCCGGCCAGACUAGGCAACAGAGCAAUCUCACCCGGAGAAAAUCAGCUCCUGCGUCCGAAUUCUCAUCGACCUCCAAAUCGGGCCCCACCCGAAUUGUUUACAGUGAGUACGCCAACUCUUCUCCGGAUUCGGAUCCGAGCCUCCCGUUUUUCCAGAGGACGUGGUUCAUAGCUCUGCUCCUAGCUAUGGCGGUUUCCUUUUUCGCCCUCGCAAUAUUUAUGCUGCUGACCCUCGACUCCGACUUUUCCUCGGCUCCUGUUUCCGCCGCUUCCGAAGGCGUUCAGAUUACGUAUGGUUCUGUUAUCAAGUUGAUGCACGAGAAGACAAAAUUCCGGCUGCACUCACAUGAUGUGCCUUAUGGCUCUGGAAGUGGGCAGCAGUCGGUUACUGGUUUCCCCGAGGUUGAUGAUUCUAAUAGCUACUGGAUUGUAAGGACUACACCAAAGUCAUCUGCAAAACAAGGAGACACGAUCAAAAGUGGAACUGUUAUUAGGUUGCAACAUAUGAAAACUAGGAAAUGGCUUCACAGCCAUUUGCAUGCAUCUCCUAUAUCUGGAAACUUGGAGGUGAGUUGCUAUGGCGGUGAUGGCCAGUCUGACACGGGGGAUUAUUGGAGACUUGAAAUCGAGGGAAAUGGAAAGACAUGGAGGCAAGAUCAGAGGGUCCGGCUUCAUCACGUAGACACUAACGGCUAUCUUCACAGUCAUGACAAGAAAUAUACCCGUAUAGCUGGCGGUCAACAAGAGGUUUGUGGGGUUGCAGAAAAACGAGCAGACAACGUGUGGUUGGCAGCUGAGGGUGUGUACCUGCCCGUUGCUGAGAGUAAAUGAAGUCGACCGAAAACAUAAUACGGUGAUCACAACUAACAUUUGGGAGCUCUUCUCAUUAUUAGUUUUCAUUGUUUCUUACCUUGUCAUUUUUCAAACCAAUGUAGUUUUAUUCCGAGGAUUUAGUUCGUCUAUACGAAGAUUUGAAGGGUUUUAAACAAUUUUGGAACUAUUAUUCAUAUGUAAUUUGAUAGGUGCAAUCAUAUAUUUCCAAGACCGACAGCUUUGAUUAUGUUCUUUUCAUCCAGAUUUUAGUUGAUGAUUCAUCUU